AGGCAGUAAUGGUAUGCGCAGAUGACGACCACGCAUAUUUACACUUCUAUGUCAGUUUCUAACCUCUGUAUUUCUUAGUGGCGAUUAUUAUUAUUUCAAUGUGUUUUGGUGUGCCAUAGCGAUCAUGUUGGGACUUGAAUUAGAGCAACGAACGAACAUUAAAUUUCUUGUUAAACUUGGCAAGAGUAAAAGCGAAAUCAGAGAGAUGUUAGUGAAAGUUUACGGGGAUAAUGCUAUGAAGAAAACAGCAGUUCACAAGUGGGCGAAACGUUUUUCUGCGGGCAGAGAAAGUGUCACGGACGAAGAGAGAUCAGGACGGCCAGCAACGAGCAGAACUGGAAAAAACAUUGCAAAAGUUCGUCAAAUUGUGCGUGAAAAUUGUCGGCUGACUGUCAGGGGCAUAGCACAGCAAGCGAAAAUCGACAGAGAAACAGUUAGGAAAAUCUUAACUGAAGAUCUUGACAUGAGGAAGAUCAAGGGCCAGCAUUCCGUCCGAAAGCGACAGCGGCCUACCUCCACGCCCUCCGCAACCACCGCCCUUCUCACAAAAUCCGAAACUUCGUUAGUGAGUCCGAACCAGCAACCCUACGUGGAAGCAACCACUACGACCCAAACUGGUUAUGGACCGGGCUCGGACGAAGGCGCUAACACCCCCCCGUUCCCCAUUGGUUGCCCACAUCGAGCCACGGCACGCCAGAUCGUAACAAUCACCACAGAGCAUCUGAAGCAGGGGUUACAACAAUAAAACACCUCAUCUCCAGCUUCUAUCUUUGUCACAUAUAUAUAUAAAUUAUCUUGUUCAAUUUCUUCCGUCAAUUUCUCUUAACAGUUAACUGUUCUAAUUCUUGCUUAAGAUUACCAAAAAAUAAAGGAAAGUAAUCUUAGAAUGACAUGCAUCUGAUGUAAACAAAUUUGAUGUAAAUAAUUUGAUUAUUUAUAUGGGCUUACAUGUUUAGGCCCCUAGGGGAGACCUUCACAGGCUCAACAGUAAAUGGAGCUUACUUUGAAAUUGAUAAGGCUCUUAGUACAAUUAAGUUAUACAGUCGUAACAAAAAAAAAGCUUAAUUUGUAGAUAUUUAAAUAUUAUCAGUAAAUAUGUGUACAACUUAUGAUUAUACUAAGAUCUACAGCAACUGUAAAUUGAGUUCCUUUUUCUGUUGAGCCUCUGAAGAUGGCACCAAAGGGAAGAAACAUGUAAACACAUACACAUAACUGGAAUAUUUAUAACGAACCUAUUCACAUGGGAUGGCUUAUCAUUCCAUGAUUAACACAAGUGUAACAACAAACACGUGUCAUGUUAAAAUAGGGGAAGUAAUUUAGCUUAUAUAUAUAAUAUGUACAAUAAAGUGGCUGUAAAAUUUAUAUACAUAUUAAAUAAAUUAUUGAAUACUGUUCA